GUUUCCUAAUGAGCCAAUCAAAGCUCACUUACAGAGCUGCACUGAGAGGAGGAGCAACACUGAAAGAGGAGAAGCUUCAACGUCACAUUUCCUCAAAUGAAAGUGAAAGUUUGUCAGAGUGUCAGCAGCUGCAGUCGAGACAAGUCUCUCUGUUUGUCUGUGAAGAAAAGUUCAACUGAAUCCAUCAGGUUCUUCUCAACAAAACAGCAGAAUCUCUGUCAAACACUGAAACAUUCAACUGGAUUUCUCCACAAACAGCAGAAUCUCUGUCAAUCACUGAGUGUAGAUAUGUCUGCUGCCAGCUGUCUGCUGACUGAAGAUCAGUUUCUGUGCUCCAUCUGUCUGGAUGUGUUCACUGAUCCAGUCAGCACACCAUGUGGACACAACUUCUGUAAAACCUGCAUCACUGAACACUGGAAUAUUAAUGUCCAGUGUCAGUGUCCCAUCUGUAAAAAGGUUUUCUCCACAAAACCUGAGCUGCAGGUCAAUACUUUCAUCUCUGAGAUGGCUGCUCAGUUCAGACAGUCAGCUCAACAGAAAGCCAGCAGCAGCAGCUCAGAGCAACAAGUUUCCAAACCAGGAGAAGUUCCCUGUGACGUCUGCACUGGAACCAAACUGAAGGCCCUGAAGUCCUGCCUGGUGUGUCUGGUCUCCUACUGUGAGACUCACCUGGAGCUUCAUCUGACAACGUCAGGUCGGAAGAAACAUCAGCUGAUUGACCCGUGGAGAACUGGAAGCAGGAUGUGUACGAAGCACGAUAAACUGCUGGAGGUUUUCUGUAAGACCGACCAGAUGUGGGUCUGCAUGCUCUGCACCUAUUCAGACCACAAGAACACUGAUGUUGUUCUGAAAGAAGAAUAUGAAGGAAAGAAGACUGAGCUGGAGAAGAAGGCUGAAAUUCAGCAGAUGAUCCAGAAGAGACGACUGAAGAUUGAGGAGAUGAAACGCUCAGUGAAGCUCAGUAAGGAAGAUGCAGACAGAGAGAUAGCAGAUGGUGUUCAGGUCUUCACCGCUCUGAAGGAGUCUGUUGAGAGAAGUCAGGCCGAGCUCAUCGACACCAUCAAAGAGAAGCAGAGAAAGACAGAGGAACAGGCUGAAGGCUUCAUCAAAGAGCUGGAACAGGAAAUCUCUGAGCUGAAGAAGAGAAGCACUGAGGUAGCACAGCUCUCACAGUCUCAAGACCACCUCCACCUCCUCCAAAGCUUCCCGUCCCUGAACGCUGCUCCACCCACCAAGGACUGGACAGAAGUCAGCGUCCGUCCACCUUCAUAUGAGGGGACUGGUGUUUCCUAA